AUGAAGAUCUUCUCCAUCUUUUUCUUUGUCUUAUUCUCCCUCCUGAUCCAAUCUUGUUUCUCUGACAACAUGAUUAUGAGAAGACAGUCCUUGAGAGAUGGUGAUGUUUUAUUCUCUGAAGGAAAGAGAUUCGCUUUUGGAUUCUUCAGCUUGAGGAACUCAAACCUCCGGUAUGUUGGGAUUUGGUAUGCUCAAGUCUCUGAGCAGACUAUCGUAUGGGUUGCAAACAGAGACCAUCCUAUUAAUGACACAUCUGGUCAUGUUAAGUUCAGCAGCAGAGGGAAUCUCUGUGUCUACGCAUCUGUCAAUGGAACAGAACCUGUCUGGUCUACCGAUGUCUUGGAUACGAUCGCAGAACCGGCUUUAGUUGCGAAGCUCUCUGAUUUAGGCAACCUUGUUCUGCUUGAUCCUGUCACAGGGAAAAGUUUUUGGGAGAGCUUUAAUCAUCCUACAAACACUUUGCUUCCAUUCAUGAAGUUUGGAUUCACUCGUCAAGACGGCUUGGAUCGGUUUAUGACGUCGUGGAGAUCUCCUAGUGACCCAGGUUUUGGAAACGUUACAUACCGGAUAGACCGUAGAGGGUUUCCGCAGAUGAUGAUGUUCAAGGGACCGACUCUGUGGUGGCGUACAGGGUCUUGGACAGGACAGAGAUGGAGCGGUGUCCCUGAAAUGACAAACAAGUUUAUCUUCAACAUCUCGUUUGUGAACACUCCGGAUGAAGUAUCAAUCACUUAUGGUGUGUUGAAUCCAUUAGUCAUAACAAGAAUGGUGUUAAACGAGACGGGAAUCUUGCAACGGUUCACAUGGAACGGGAGGGAUAAGAAAUGGAUCGGGUUCUGGUCAGCUCCUGAAGAGAAGUGUGACAGCUACAACCACUGUGGCCUUAACGGUUACUGCGAUUCCACAAGUCCAGACAAGUUUGAGUGCUCUUGCCUACCGGGGUACGAGCCCAAGAAGCCCCAGGAAUGGUCCUUCAGGGAUGCUUCGGGUGGGUGCAUGAGGAGAGAUACAGCUUCGAUAUGUAACGGGAGAGAAGGGUUUGCGAGGUUGAAGCGUGUGAAGGUUCCCAAUACAUCAGCUGUAAGUGUGGAUAUGAACAUAACAUUGAAGGAAUGCGGAAAGAGGUGCUUGAGGAACUGUUCUUGUGUCGCUUAUGCGAGCGCUUACCACGAGAGCGAAGACGGAGCAAUAGGUUGCUUGACAUGGCAUGGCGAUAUGUUGGAUACAAGGACAUACUUGAGCGCAGGACAAGAUUUUUACCUGCGCGUAGAUAAGGCAGAGUUAGCGCGGUGGAAUGGAAACGGCUCAUCAGGGAAGAGGAGACUUGCUUUGAUUCUCAUCAGUUUGAUUGUAGUCGUGAUGUUACUAAUGACCAUUUUGUUCUGUUUCAUGAGGAAACGACGACAGUCCAACAGGCAUAGAAAACCUCCAUCAAUCUUCGCCCCGAGCUCUUUUGAUCUUGAAGACUCAUUCAUAUUAGAAGAUCUAGAGGACAAGUCAAGAAACCGGGACUUGCCUAUCUUUGAGCUUAGCACAAUCGCUGCAGCGACUGAUAACUUCUCUUUUCAGAACAAGCUUGGAACAGGAGGAUUCGGACCCGUUUAUAAGGGCGUGUUGCAAAACGGUAUGGAGAUAGCAGUAAAGAGGUUGUCAAGAAACUCGGGCCAAGGAAUGGAAGAGUUCAAGAACGAGGUCAAGUUGAUAUCAAAGUUGCAGCAUCGAAAUCUCGUGAGGAUCUUAGGGUGUUGCGUUGAACUGGAAGAGAAGAUGUUGAUAUACGAGUAUUUACCAAACAAGAGCCUAGACUACUUCAUAUUCCGUGAGGAGCAUAGAGCAGAAUUGGAUUGGCCAAAACGGAUGGGAAUAAUCCGUGGGAUUGCUCGUGGAAUCUUGUAUCUUCAUCAAGAUUCAAGACUGAGAAUCAUCCACAGAGACCUCAAGGCCAGCAAUGUACUUCUUGACAACGAAAUGAUCCCCAAGAUUGCGGAUUUUGGCAUGGCGAGGAUAUUUGGGGGAAACCAAGUCGAAGGAAGCACAAAUCGAGUCGUCGGAACAUAUGGAUAUAUGUCACCGGAGUAUGCAAUGGAUGGCCAAUUCUCCAUAAAAUCAGACGUCUACAGCUUCGGAAUAUUGAUCUUAGAGAUCAUAACCGGAAAGAAGAACAGUACUAUAUGCGAGGAAUCUUCGAAUUUAGUCGGACAUAUUUGGGAUCUAUGGGAGAAAGGUGAGGCAACAAAGAUCAUAGACACGUUAAUGGACGUGGAGACUUAUGACGAGAGCGAAGUGAUGAAGUGCAUACACAUUGGGUUGCUUUGCGUGCAAGAAAGCGCUUCGGACAGACCAGACAUGUCCUCUGUUGUGUUCAUGUUGGGACAUAACGCCAUUGAUCUUCCAUCUCCGAAGCAUCCUGCGUUUACGGUGGGAAGGAAGAGAAACUUCAAAAAUGGCGGGAGCUCAGGUAAUUGGCCCAGCGGAGAAACCGGUAGCUCUGUUAAUGACGUUACUCUCACCGACGUUCAAGGUCGUUAAAAGAACCUUCUUGAUGAAUAACAAUAGUAGUCUAUAGGUAUCAUAAAUUUAUUGUAGCCAUACUUGUUUAUUUACUUUAUAGAACGUUAUUAUUUUUAUAAAUGUAUGCAAAAUUAUUUUUGUAAAGUUUUACAAUAUACCAAGUAGAAAAAUAAUAUACAAC